AUUGAAACAGCAACGAGUUAGUUAAACAACGCAAGCAUGUCGACGGUUCAAGUGGUCGAAGAAGGCAACCGACGAAAGGGCGGCAUGAGCUCGGAAGAAACGGACCAAUGCAUCCUCGACAUUUUGAGCUGGUUCCAGCGCAAGAAGGCGUCGCUUCCGAAAGCGUCCAUGGAUCCUCAGGAAGUGGAAGCCUUGGAGAAGGCAUUGGAUGCACCUGUGCCAAAGGCGCUUGCGUUCUUGUUGGAGAAGCAAAACGGCGGCAUUUGGUUCAACGAGUUCAAGUCCCUCUCUUGCGACGAGAUCAUUUCCACUGCGGAAACGAGUCAGUCGUGGGACGGAUGGGCUCGCGGUCAUGUGCCCCUAGCGGCCGACGUGGACGGCGCACUCCUCGUGAUCGACACCAAGCAUGGCAAUGCCGUGCACGAGCUGUCUUCCGAAGGUCUCGGUCGCCAGUUGGGGCCUUCCCUCACAGCAUUCUUUGAAACGUACCGGAACGAGUUGUUGUCUGGGAACUACGACUUUGUCCAAGACGUGGGCUUGGUUGAACGCAGCCAAAAGCCUCGCAAGUAGCCCCUUAACAUCGUGAAAGCAAGGUGUUAAAACUUGAUAUAACUUCGCUUGUCCUGACAUUGUGGAACA